GGUGUUCCGAUUUGCCGGUGGUCGUCGGGUUGAGCCCCGCCGGGAGGGUGUCACACCCUCCUCCCCAUCGUGCUUCUCUGCUUGUGGAUUGUUGCGCCGCUGCGCCACACCGCGGCCCACCGAGGAAACAGCGCGCUCUUUCGUCGACCGCCGAGGCGCCUGCUCGCCCGCUGCUGUCGCUGCUCGCCGCCAUUGCUCGCAGCGUCGCGGCCUUGUGUUGUGUUUUGGGAGACUCCACACCUGGGUCGCGUUGUGAGUGGUUCGCGAGAAAGCCGGAUACCUUGGAUCGUGCGGGAUUUUGACUUCAUGGCGGGCGCCUGAAGAGCCCGGUGCGUCUUCCGCGCCGGCGUGGACAGCAGCCAGCUGAAGGCGGCGCCCCCCGACGGCCGUCUCUGGCGGCUGCAUCGAUCCGCAAUGUUCCCCAAUAGGCAUCCGACUGUUACCGGGUACUGGUCGAAGAUGCUGGAAAAUUUUCAGGGACCCCCGGCGCAGGCGGGCCAGCCGUUCAAGUUUACCGUGUCCGAGACGUGCGACCGCAUCAAGGAGGAGUUCAACUUUCUCCAGGCGCAGUACCAUAGCCUCAAGCUCGAGUGCGAGAAGUUGGCCAGCGAGAAGACCGAGAUGCAGAGGCACUACGUCAUGUACUACGAGAUGUCGUACGGUUUGAACGUCGAGAUGCACAAACAGACGGAGGUGGCCAAACGGCUGAACGCCAUCAUCGCCCAGAUCCUGCCGUUCCUCUCGCAAGAGCAUCAACAGCAAGUGGCGACCGCUGUGGAACGCGCCAAGCAGGUCACCAUGACUGAACUCAACGCCAUUAUCGGGCAGCAGCACACCGGCCUGGCGCACCUCAUGCAACAGAUGCAAGCUCAGCAACUCGCACAUGGGGGCCCCGGUGCCAUGGGUCCACUGAUGCCGCAUGCAUUGGCCCUGGGGCCGCCCAACAGUGCAGCCAGCCUGCUCGCUCUCUCCUCGGGCUUGGCGCCUGUGGCCGCACUCAAGGAGCACGACAAGCGUGCCGCUGCUGCAGCCGCUGCUGCGCAAGCGGCUGCUGAUGAUAGGAGAAACUCGCCUUCUCCACGUGAUGCAAAGUUGAGAACACGGACACCGGACACAGAAUCUGACAAGAAGCGACGGAAAGAAGACAAACAUGAUGUCAUUGUUCAUGACAAUGAUGAUGAAAACCAGGAAGUUGACGUUGCAAAUGAGGACCCUGUGUCUCCUGCUAACAAUGGGAGCUUGUCACCACGAGAAAAUGGCAGCGAGCGUCCCAUCAAGCGGGAGAGGCCACCUAGUCGCUCGGGCUCCUCUUCCAGUCGUAGUACCCCAGUCUCCUCAAAGUCCACAAAGGAUGGCUUGGGUGAUAAAUCUCCCACCCCGGUGUCAAAAUCAUUAACUCCUACGAGUUCGGGCUCCACAACUCCUGGUUCCAGUGGUGCAGCCAAGCCGUCCCUGCCCGGUUCCUCUUCCAAGUCAGCUGCUCUUGGUCCCUACCCGUACCCCCUGGGAGGUGCACCACAUGCGUUGGCCGCAGCUGACCUGGCCGCUGCCAACUCGGCAGCCUUCCCUCAGCUACACAGCUCAGCGCUCAGUUCCUACUCGCGAUCUCUGUUGUCCUUAUCGCAGGUUGCAGGCUUUGACGCACACCCAUCCUUGCGGCCACCACCUCACUUUGGCACCAUUCCAGGUGGAAAACCGGCCUAUUCGUUCCAUGUGAGUGCAGAGGGCCAGAUGCAGCCAGUGCCAUUCCCACCAGAUGCGCUUAUGGGUGCUGGCAUUCCACGGCAUGCACGGCAGAUCAACACGCUGUCGCAUGGUGAAGUGGUGUGUGCGGUGACCAUCUCGAGUCCCACCAAAUAUGUCUACACGGGGGGCAAAGGAUGUGUCAAGGUCUGGGACAUCAGUCAACCAGGAUCCAAGAGUCCUGUUUCACAGCUUGACUGUCUGCAAAGGGACAAUUAUAUCCGCUCCUGCAAGCUUCUUCCUGAUGGGAGAACACUCAUCGUGGGUGGGGAAGCUAGUACCAUUUGCAUCUGGGAUCUGGGUGCGCCAACCCCGCGAAUCAAGGCUGAGCUGACUUCAAGUGCACCUGCGUGCUAUGCCUUGGCCAUCAGCCCCGACUCCAAGGUUUGCUUCAGCUGCUGUUCGGAUGGGAACAUUGCUGUCUGGGACCUGCACAAUCAGACGCUUGUCAGGCAGUUCCAGGGGCAUACAGAUGGUGCAAGUUGCAUCGAUAUUUCAAGUGAUGGCACCAAGCUGUGGACUGGUGGUCUAGACAACACUGUGCGCUCUUGGGACCUUCGUGAGGGGCGGCAACUGCAGCAGCACGACUUUACGUCGCAGAUCUUCUCAUUGGGCUAUUGCCCCACAGGGGAGUGGCUGGCUGUUGGCAUGGAGAGCAGCAACGUGGAAGUUCUCCACUGUAGCAAGCCAGACAAGUACCAGCUGCACUUGCAUGAGAGCUGUGUCCUGUCACUCAAGUUUGCCUCAUGCGGCAAGUGGUUUGUCUCCACGGGCAAGGACAACCUGCUAAAUGCCUGGAGGACGCCCUACGGUGCAUCUAUCUUCCAGUCCAAGGAGUCCUCAUCAGUGUUGAGCUGUGACAUCUCUUCAGAUGACAAGUACAUUGUCACUGGCUCAGGAGACAAGAAGGCCACUGUGUAUGAAGUGAUCUACUGAGCACCCACUAUGCCCUGUUGUUCCUAAUGUGUUGGCCAGCACAGUGUUACAGGGCUGCACACACUGUACAAAGCAGAGAUUUCUCAUCUGCCCCCUUUUUUUGUUUUGGCAGAGAACUGUUUGUGGGGUGGCUGUUCAUGCCACUAAAACUGAACCAAGGACUCUAUCCUGAACAAUGGCUUUAAUGACAGCAUGGUCAGCACUCUUGAGACAACCUGUGUGCUGCCAAUCCUGCAUGUUGCUGAUAUUGUGAUCAUGACCAGUUGACUGUUCCUAUUGCAUUGGUAAUGGCAUUGUGGUGGUUAUCACAUAAUUAAGUGCUUUGUUGAUGCCCAUGCUGAAGAACAGAUUGUGAAGAAACAGGUUAUUGUAAUGAACAUUAUGGCCUCCUGCUAUCACAUGUCGAGGAUGCUGGAAUGCUUUUAUGGUUGGGAGGAGAUGCAGGGAAAGGCAGCAUUUGUUACUUGCCUACCACGAUACUGUCUGGUCAGUGUCUGCAUAUGACAACCAUACUGAGGACCUUGGUGUAGAACAAGUGCCCUUCCUGCUCUCCUCUUCGAGUUUCAAUACUGCCGCUGCAAUGUUCCGCACAUACCCUUAAUUUGAAGGUAAUGAAAGCUAAGUUUAUGGGCAUUACUUUCUGUACUUUUCCCAUUAAAACUUGCAUUAGGUGACUGUUUGGGAUAUGAUGUGCUCAAUUUCUGCAUUUCGCCUCUGGAUAAACUCUAUUCAAGUAACUAGUGCAAUUGCAGACGGCCUUCUGCUGUGCCAUGAAGGAACAUGUUGGCAUGUAGGCUUGGCGUAGUUGGUAAUGAACUUUUCGUGUUUGAAAGCUGGGCAAGAAACCUCUCUUGGUAGUUAGAGAGUAAAGUUUAUGGGUACAACACUGAUUAAAAUUGACCACUCUUAUUAUCCUUGUCUACUUCCUUCAACUGGUUGACCCAAACAAAGAAGAAGAAAAAAAAGAAACUGUUUUAUGACUAGGCCUCUGGCUGCUGCAUAUCACAGCUUUGCUGAAAAGCGCACAAAAAAAAAAAAAAGCAUUUUUGAACCUCUGCAUUAUGCCAAAAUUGUCUUUUGAUUCAUCAGAUUGUUCAAGCUUGUCUACGAAACGGAAUCAACUGCGCUUGUACAAGAGAAGACCUCUUGCUACAUUUUCCUGUUGCUGUUUCCUCAACUCAUGAGACCAUUAGAAAUAUUUCUCUUAGUUUGAUGCUGUCAAUCUGUGACACGGCACUGGCUUGUACUAGCAGUGGUAGGGCUGUCGUGUGUGAAAUAGAGUCCUGGUUUCUUUUCUAAUAUAACAUCAGGAACUACACCAUCACUUCAUGAAUCAUGAAUUGAGUGCACAUAUGUCUAUGUUGGUGUGUGUGCGUGCGUGUAUGAAUUCUCAUUCAGGGAUGGAGUAUACCUUGAUGGUUUACUCUUGGCUACCCUCUGCACUGUAAAUAAAGAUGUUACAGCAAACUUGGCACGCUGAUGGUGUUUUUGUUGAAGUAGGUUGGAAAAAAACUGAUGGUGUUCUGCAUUCUUGUUGGAGCUACCAGCAACAGGUUAUGAACAUGGUCUGUAUGUGAAUGCUUUGAUAGAGGUGCUCCUUUUUGAUGUCACCUUGGAAUAAAAGGGAACAUCAGUGCCACUGUUUUGCCCUUGGGCGAUGUGCAACACUCUUGCCCUGCGUUAAACUGUGAGGGAAGGUUUCUCCCUUGUGGACAGUGCCAUCAGGGCACCAUCUGAACAAAUUGCUUAGAUGUUUUUAAACUGUACACCAUGCUGCCAAAGUAUGGCAGACUACGCUGGAACAAAAUUUAUAUUGUGAAUCUUGUGUUCUUUAAUUCAAUGGCUUUGAGAAGCCAUAUUUGGGGUCUUCUACAAUUUCAUUUCAGUUAUUGUAUAAAUGGGCUGCUAUCAUGUCACAUUUGCAGAAUGCUUUGGAAUUUUUCAAACACAUUUGCUGUACUUGCAGCAGUACAUUCUCGGGCUUAUCUGGUACUUGGUACUACGAGAAAUUAUUUCUCGUUGGAUAAGUUGUACUGUAAAGUUUAAAAACCUUGACUUGUUGCUGACAGAAAUAAAGCAUUGAAUGCAAUGUUUGCAAUGAUAGGAAGCUACUCAUUUUCUUCUUGAAACAAUGGUGCUCAUCAAUAUGCAUCUAGUCUGUUGAGUUUGUAGCUCUGUGUGGUUUGCACAGUCAAUUUAGGUUCAUUGGUGAAGCAAAAAGUGAAUAAUUGAUGGAACAGAUUGAACAUCCACUCUACAACACGUUCGUAAAUGUUAUCCUUUCCGUGCCUCCAUUUGAAGUCAACAGGAAGUGAAAGUUGAAAUAUUUUUUUUUCUUUUCCAUAUGCGACUGGCCUGUAACCGAUUUGUUUGUUUCUGGGCUUUUGAUUUUAUGUCUCGUCUCUGUGAUCUCCAUCAUUUAUGUCCACGAUGGCUUAAAGUAUACACCAGUAGGGCCAAAGCUUAACAGUUGCAUUUUCUUGCAGGAAAGUUUGAUUUGUGUCCUAUGAUGAGUAAUUUCAACUCCCAAAUUGUAAAGCUAAUCAUAGACUGCUACGAUUUCUGCGACAAUUUUCUAUCCUAAAGAUACACAGCAGUGUACCAAUAAAGGUGUGCAAAAAUUGGUGGUUGACAAAAAUUUAUGCCGAGGAAAAUGCCACACUCUUUCAUUGAAUAAUUUGUGCGAUUACUGUCAACUCUGGUCUUGUGAACUUGCACAGACGUGCACAAAAGAGUACUGUAAAUAGUCCUUUUUUGACACUUGAUAUAAAUGAGGAAGGAUGGAUGUUUCUGCCUCCUGUAUUUUAAUUUUACUGCUGGGAUUCUGAUGUGACUUAGUUGCUGUAAAUAUAUGACAUUUGGUUUCAUAAAAUGUGUUUGCACAAAAGCUGAA